AUGCACCCACCCUAUAUCGAUGAGUUUGAGAAAGAUCCCCUUUAUUGUGACCCUGAGUAUUAUUAUUACUAAAUUAUUAACUAUUUUAGACUAUUACUAUCAGUAGUGACAUUUCAAGAAAUGAAAGUCUAAACCAAUGAAGAAAUUUUUAUAAAGGUUUUCAGCCAGAAUACUACUUAUCCACUAAAGUUAUUGGAAAUGCCUGACAUAUAUGCAAAUACUGAACCUGAUUCUAGUGAAGUGAAAAAAAUGAGGAAGAGAGUUAAAGCACUCAAAUUCGACAAAUAAUCACUAAUUUCUAAGAAUACCACAGAGGAAAAGCCUUCUGAUGAUUUAGCUAAAUUUGAGAGUUUUAUGAGUUUGGAGAAUUUAGAAAGAAGCAUUUAAAUAUAAGAAGAACUUUGCUACUAAACUGAAGAUCAAUUUGAAAUGAUAUUUCUUUAGAUAUCCAGAUUUAAAUAGGGCAUCAGUUAAUACUCUGAGAUAGAAAUCUUUUAGGAAAUAGAAAAACUAAUCGCUUAAGACUAAGUUUAUCAAAUUUUACUGUUUUCUACUAAGUAGCACAAAUAUCAAAGACUCUUUGUUUAAUUCUUAUUUGAUUUCAGAGAUAAAUACUAAGAAGGAGAUUUGACAAAGAAACAUCAAAUAGAUGCAAUAAUUAAUAGUAUUUACAUCUAUUAAUUGGAAUCUAAUCUUAUGGAGUUCUUGAAAGAAGAUUGUGAUAUGGUAGAUAUUGACUACAAAUUUUACUAGAUACUCUAUAGAAAUAGGAAAAGCUUUGUAUUCCCACACUAAAUGUGUUAACUUAUCUUCAAGAUUACUUUUCAAAUGUUUGAUAUAAAAAAUCAUCAGAAUUUGGAAGAUAUGGCUCAUUUGUAAAAGGAUGCUACUUAUCUUUUUGCCAAAUUUACUCUAGACUUUUUAAGAAAAAAUAUUAUCCCUGAAGAUCCAUAGUACUACAUCAAUCUUAUUGAGAUUGUAAAGUUUAAACUAGGCAAUCACACUCACUCAGGCAUUAUUCACUUAGCUGUUUAUGUCGAUCUUAUGACAUUCAUACUUCAAAAAUUUACUCUGAGUUUCUUCAAUAAUCAAUUUAAAGAAUUUUAUUAGAGCAAAAUAAUUCCACUCUACAAUUACAUAAUAGAUACUCUCAAUGAUUAUAAACUCUAGUGCAAAAUAAUGCAAAAGACAGUUGUAGCUUAUACAUAACUAUUUCUGAGUAGAUUAGAUCUAUUCAUUUAAGGAGAUGGUAUAGAAAUGAUACCAAUGAUAUUUUCAUAGUACUACAAGUAUCUGGACAAGAUUGAUAUUAAACCAAUGAAUAUCAUACCUACUUUUACCAUAAUGGUAAAGCAACUUUAUAAAGCUAAUGCUAAGAAUAUACCGGCAAUUAAGAAUCAGCUAAUGACUAAGAUCUAGUAGUCAUUAAUAUAUAAAAACAGCAAUUCUGAUUUCAAGUUAUAGAUUAAGGAUGCAAUUUUAAAAUCCUGA